AUGUCAACACAAAACGGCGUCUACGCCACACCCUCACAACCCUACGACCCAUACUACACCACACCGUCACAGACCUACGACCCCUACUACACCACACCCUCACACCCCUACGCCCCCUACUACACAGCAACAACCACACACCCCUACGACCCAUACUACACCACAACCUCACACCCCUACCACCCCCCCUACUACUACACCACAACCACACCACCCUACACCACAGCCCCAUACCCAUACCCCCACAACCCAGCCUACUACGCAGCCGCCGUAGCCGCAGUCCUCCCUCCCUCCAUCCCCCUCACAAUCGGAAACCACAUCGUCUACUACACCCCCUACGGCCCAGUCCUAAUCAUCUUCCACCCCCCGCCAGCAUGCUACGAACCGUACGACGACCCGCUCACGCGUCCGCGCCCGUUCCCGAGCGAACAGUCUGAGCCUGGUUCCCCUGUCAAAGGUCCGGGGCGAGAGCAGCAGCCGCUCGUCGUUGGGACGUCGGCGAACGCGGACGCGGGUGGGGAUGAAGACGCGGACGGAGAGGGAGGUACGAAGCGCCGGAAGGAGAUUGUGGAUUUCUGGGACGGCAAGGGGAAGCCGGAGAUUGAUGAGGAUGGGUGGUUUUUCAACGGGAGGCUGGGGAUGAGGACGCCGGCUCCGGGGUGGGAUAGGGUGGUGGAUGGGUCGUGGGGAGGGUUGGGACGGCAGGGACAGCGAGAGGGACGGCCAGAGGGAGAGAAGGAGGGACGGCCAGAGGGGGUGCAGCAGGGACACCAGAAGCAAGAGCAGCAACAAGAGCAACCGCCAGCGGAGUACAAAAGACCACGACGGGGCUGCAGAGCCGGAAAGAAGAAGAAUAAGAAGAAGCAGCGGGAGGCUGAACGGGCGGCGAGAGAGAGAGUUAAUGGAACGGAGACGGGGACAGGGACGGGGACUGAGACGACGACGACGAGUGCAGAGGGGGAAUCUUCGUCUGGGGGUUGUAAUUCAGGCGCGGAGGAGUCGAACGAAGAUUGGCUUACGUUUUGGAUUUAG